AUGGCAGAAGCUCCAUCAAAUCAAUCCCCGACCCGAACACAGAACCCGAAUCCAGCAAUAAACCAGCUGGAAACUAACUCGUUACAGUUGUGGUGCCAUCACUGUGAAAAACAGGUCUUGAUUGAAAGCCUACCGGAUCUUCCUGAUGUCAUCUGUGAGGAGUGUAAUAAUGGUUUUGUUGAAUCCAUCUCCGCCGUAGCCCCGAAUUCUCCUCCAGUGCCGAUUUUCCACUCCGUCGCAUCCGAGGAGAUCGAUGACCUCUAUGUCGAAAACCACUUUCUUCGAGUCCUUCGUCGUAUCUCUCAGGACUCUCAUGAAGAAGACGCUCCCCCUCCUCCAUCCGAGCAAGUCGAUCCAACAGACGACAACUAUUUACGCAUCGAGCUCGGCGGCUGGGACGCCCCAGACGACGAAGACGAACAUUCAGCUGAAGUGCGGCGUGAUGAUGAAUACGAGAAUCGUGAGCGAGUUAUGGAGGAUCGAGACCUAUCUAAUAAUGAUGAUGAGGAGAAUGAAGUGAUUGAGGCUGGUGGCGAUGGUGAAGAGGAGGAUGAGACGUCGAGGCGUGAAGAUCUUGUCCAGCUUAGUCUCAGCGCCGCGACAAGGCGGAACAGGGUUCUUGAUUGGGCCGAGAUUUUAAUGGGAAUCGAAGACCAUACGGUUGAACUGCGAUUUCAAGUCCCGGAAUCCGAUACUUUUAUCGGAAAUCCGGGGGAUUACGUGGAUGCUGUAGGGUACGAAGCCUUGUUGCAGAAUUUAGUGGAAAAUGAUAACGGAGGAAGGCGAGGGGCGCCACCAGCUUCGAAAGAGGCUGUGGAGGGGUUGGAAAAUAUGUUGAUUGGGAAGGACGAAGCCUCGCUCGCUUGUGCUAUAUGUAAAGAUUCACUGAAUGUAGGAGAUAUGGCGAAGAAGUUGCCCUGUCGGCACGAGUACCAUGGGGACUGCAUUGUCCCAUGGUUAAGUUCGCGGAAUUCCUGUCCCAUUUGCAGGUUUGAGUUGCCUACGGAUGAUCCCGAGUAUGAGAAGAAGAGGAAGAAGAGAGCAGCAGAGGCCGACCUAAGAGCUGGUUCCUCGAGUACCUCUUCUCGUGGUGGUGGUGGUGGUGUUUAA